UCUGGUGGGGGAGCGGAGAGCCGUCUGGAUUGAGUCGCAUGCAGUCCCCACCAAUGACUUUUUCCACCUCCCAUCCGACGGAGAAGGGCUCGAAACCCGUUCCGUUCAAGCGGAAUUGCUUAUUGCAGUUUUCCCAAGAAUUCCAGGCCCUUCGUCGGACGUUCGAGCACCCUUUCUCACCGCCUCUUAACAAAAUGGAACCCAGCCCGAGCAAUAAGCACCAUUCGAUGAACGACGAGUUGCACAGGUAUUUCGCCAAAGCUCUCACGGACAAAAUCAACUCGAUGCUGGCAAACGGAGAAAUCCCUUGCAAAGUCCCUCCACAAAAACGCAACGAAGAUAAUAAUGAGCUGUUGAUUCCAUCACACAUGUACGCCCACAUCUUCAAAGAGUGCGAAACGUCCGACAUCCAAAGUGAAAACAACCUUGCGCCAAUUAGCCCCCUGGGAAAAGCAGAUCAGCAGUCAGGAAAGAGUCCUCCGGGAUUCAAUCCGGUCUUCAACAAUAUGAAAGAGACGAUAUUACCAUCUUCUCCUUCUCCCUCGUCUGAUCGAUCUCAGGGAUGGACAGAGGAACUUCGAAAGUAUUUCUCUCAGAGCCAACCGAACAAAACAGAGAGGCCAGACGUGCAAGGAUACGAAUUUUUGCGACUAUGCGUUUUUUGCCGUCAAAACAGGGAGGAACCGAGCUUCUGGACUUCCCAUUCUUUGAAAGACAUCAAAGGGAAUGUCAUUUGUCCAAUCCUCCGUGCGCACGUCUGCCGUAUUUGUGGAGCUACGGGAAGUAAAGCUCACACUAUCAAGCACUGCCCUUUCAACCAGAAUGUGACCAACGUAGCCCGAACAGCACGAAAAAAUGCCGUUGGGAGAUAUGUCAUUAAUCAUUCCAACUACAGCGGUUUAAUGGAUUUUUACAAUAAGUAUGAUCGUUCUUAAUAAUACAAAAAUUGUAAUCCUGGUAAGAUUUGAUUUUGAGAAUACAUUUGCUUCCUGUAAGUCAUAAGGAAGGAAAAACAAUCAUAUUUAUUAAGAUUUCUAUUGUUUUUUAUGUUUAUUUUACAGAUGAAUUUUUAGAAUGUAUUUUAAAUCAUACUAGUCUCUCUAGUUUUAAUAUGUAAUAAGAGUGACAAUUUGUAAAUUUCAGUUGUUUUAUGUUACAAGUAUAAAAGAUAUUUUCCGUUAAGCAAUUUGAAAAACAUAUUACACAGUUUAAUUAAAAAUUAGAGAAAUGGAAAUAUUUUAACUUUUUAUAAUUUACAUUAAUUACAUACAUUUUUUAGUUUGUUUAAUGAAUGGAACUCCAAAAUGAUGUUCGUUUUUUUUUUAAAUAAUUGUAUUGUAAUCAUUUUGUUUCAAUUAAUAACAAAUAAUACUACUAGCCAUUUAGAUGUAUGAAUUAUUCUAAGAACAAUAAAAAGAAUAUACUACAUAAAUAUAUAUAAUGUAUAUUCAAAUGUAUUUAUGAACUCUACAUUGGAUUGAUGAAUUGGAUGCAAUUAAUUUAAUUUGUUGUUUUUAUUAUUUAUAUGAACUUGACAUUUUAUACAUCAUUUGAUCCAAAUUUUUGUUGAUUUAUUAAUGAAUUUAACUAAUUUUAAAUAAAUACAAAGAUUGAACUAAUGCUGCUAUUUGUUUAAUACGGCCGUAACGACAUAGGUGUGGCACCUAAAGAUAUUUUAUUAAAAAUGUAAUGGAACUACUUA